AUGGCCUCUGCUAACAUUGACCCCGCCGGAGCCGCCGCCCUAAGGCCGCCCUCCGGAUCACGGAGCGUUGCGACUUCGCCCGCUCCUGCGUCGCUUUCUGGGUCCUCCCCGUCGGAGAAGGGGACCCGUCCGCUUGGUCCAGCCCCGCCUGUGCCUGGUGCCCGCUCUUUGCCCCUUCGCCCUGCACCGGCUCCGCCGUUUGGUGACAAGUGCGAGUACGCUCGGAUGACGUCCUUCUUUUCUGGAAACCUCCGUCUGUGUUCUCGCAAUGGUCUCCUUCGGCUUUUGACGUACUGGGGGUACGUUAAUUCAUGCGGUGAGCAGUUCAUGAUGUCUGAAAAAGCGAAGUUGUUUGGAGAUAUGACGUCGUGUGACAAAAUUAUGGCUGCAACAGAUCCUAUGACACACAAGUUUUUGGGUCGAAACGUGCGUCCUUUCGACUAUGCUGAAUGGGAGCGUCGUCGUGAAGAGAUCGUGCUUACGGGGUCGUAUGCCAAAUUUGCUCAAAACCAUGAUAUGAAAACAUCAUUUACUGGAGACGGGUUGUGCCGAGCUCGAGCCGGGAGACGUAAUUGGAGUGUCUGCCGCGCCGCUACUACGAGUACCGGUGGAAACCCUGAAGGCGGCACCAUCUUCGAUUCCUACCGGCCCCACAACAUCUACAUCACCACCUCGGGGCUCAUUCAACAUUCCACAUCUCCGUGGGCUUCUCCUUUAGUUGUCAUCCCCAAGAAGGACGGAUCUGUUCGCAUCACCGUCAACUACAAACGUCUCAACGCUCUGGUGGAUUUGGAUGGACAACCUCUCCCUCGAGUGGACGGUAUCUUGGAUUCUCUGUACACCGGGAAAGUGUUCUCCAUCUUCGACCUCAACUCGGCUUUCCACUACAUCAUUUGUGAUGAAGACACUGUCCCGCCCACCGCCUUUUGCACUCCCACGCAGUUGUUCGAAUGGCUUCGGAUGCCGCAGGGCGCCAACGCAAGUCCGUCUUGGUUCGUCAAGGUCAUCAACAGAGUGGUGCACGGUCUGGAGCGUGUGCUGGCUUAUCUGGACGAUGUCAUCUGUUUCGAUGAGGAACCUCUGGGACACGUGCUAAACUUGAUCGAGUUCUUCAAACGACUGCGACAGUACAACCUCAAACUGUCUCCAGGGAAGGCUCGCGUCGGCGCCACGCACGCCAACUUUCUCGGUCACACCAUCUCUCCGGGAGGUGUUAGCCCUGAUGGCGUCAAGGUUAGGGCGCUCACGCACAUGCCGCCGCCGACGAAUGUUAAGCAGCUUCGGAGCCUUCUCGGUGGACUCAGUUACUACCGGAAAUUCCUCAAGAAUCUCGCCACCAAGGUGCGGCCUCUCAACUCUCUUCUCAAACAAGGCGUCCCCUUCAAGUACACCCCGGGCAUGGUCAAGGUUGUCAAAACGUUGUUAAGAGAACUCGCUCGCCCCCCGAUUUUCGUCUUCCCGGAUUGGGCAGCAAUCGAGGACAACAGCCGUCCUCUUCGUUUAUGUUCCGACGCCCGCGCUAAUCUUCCUGCGGAGCGUAACUGGACCGUUUUGGAUCUGGAGGCUGGUGGCAUUGUUUGGGCCAUCAAACGCCUUCGCGGUUAUCUGUGGUCGACCAAGUUCAUCAUCUAUUCGGACCACAAAGCAUUGGAGAGCAUUGGCAAGGUUGGGGAACACAACGCUAGGGUGCAACGAUGGCUCGAAUUCCUGUCCAACUUCACCUACACCCUGAAAUAUCGGAAAGGUUCGGCAAACGGCAACGCGGAUUUUCUUUCGCGGUUGCCUUUACCAGCACAAGACACGGACAAAACCGGCCCUGACUGCAUUGAUGGUGUCGAUCAAGCGGGUGCUUUCCUCAUUCGGGCUUGCGGGCGCAGCUAUCACUCGUCGGCUACACCGGAGACUGCUCGGUGGCCCGUCAUCGCUAUGCCAUUGCCGAAGGGGCCUGGUACGGUCGUCGGCGUCGACUUCUUCGGACCUCUGCCAGUGACUGCCAAGGGCAACUCCUACAUUUUGUUGUUCACAGACCGUUUCAGUCGGAGAGCCGACAUGUUCGCAGUUACAGCGGCGGAAUUUACGGCGAGAGGGACGGCUCACAUCUUCGUCAACCAAUACAUGACCAAGUGGGGAUGUCCGACUACGUUAUUGUCGGACAACGGACUGCAUUUCUGCUCGAAGCUCUCCAUGGCGAUCUACGAGGUGAUGAAGAUCAAGAAGGUCACCACCAGCUCCUACCACCCACAGACCAACGGCGGCACGGAACGCGUCAACCACACGAUGGCCCAAAUGCUUGCGGUGGUCGUCAACGAACAGCAACACGAUUGGGACGUACAUCUCCCGCACGUUGAGUUUGCCUACAACAAUUCCGUGAACCAGUCUACUGGAUUAGCGGCAAACGAGAUCCACAUCGGACGCAUCCCGCGACUCCCGCUUUCGGUCUUCGAUCGUCCCACGGUAGGUGGUCAUCAAAGCUUGGCCCGCGAUCAACUCGAGUAUUGCAACCUGGCUGUCGAUCGCCAGCGCCGGGCCUACGAACUUGUCCGUGAGUACAACGCCCUGAAGAUUUCGCGAGUCGAACGCCGCAAUUCAUCCCUGCAGAACGCCAUUCACAAGCUCCCUCAGUUUACCGUUGGCGGGUGGGCUUGGGUGUACAACACGGCUGCUACAAUUCGACAGGGUGUGCAGAAGGACACGGACCAACAGGUGCUCAAGGCCAAGUUCGCACUUUCCUGAACGGGGCCCUACAAAGUUCUUGCGGUGGGUCCCACCUCUGCCGACGCCACUCCGGACGGCCGCCCGUUGGCGCGUAAACCCCUCUACCUGGACCUGCCUUCCGAUCUUUCCGGCCCGGCAGCUCGUUGUCGCGUGUCU